CUCGCGGAUUGUUUGGGGGACAAACGGAGGCGGCUCGAGCUUUUUGGUCGACGAUCGCGUUCAGUCGACGUUGGUCGCUCGGCAAAAUCGGCUCGUUAGCAGGAAACGCGAGUUCACCAUCCCAGUCGUGUGCCACGCACUCGUCUCGUCGUGGUAUUUGUUGUCGAACUGUGUGAAUCUGGUUGUGCAACCAGAGGCCAGUUCUCAUCAGACGCGGGGAAAGGAGAUUUCACCGGUUAAUAAUUUACAUAGUAAAAAGAUGAGCAAAAAUCAGGAUACUUCUGAGCAUUGGUAUAUAGUGUAUAUGAUGUAGAUUUUCGCUGAUUCGCGAAAAGAAAUCUUGGUAUGCGUCGAAAUAAAAUAAAAAAUGUGCGUGCCGACAGACCACAUAUCGGGAAAUAUUUAAAUUCAGUAAAGAAAAUCCGGAGGAUAUUAGACCCGUGACAAAGGAUCCUGCGACGUGCUCGAAAACGAGAAAUCCAACGAUCCGUAAAAUGAAUGGAUUGUCUUAAAACGAAGCCGUUGAUUGUUGAGGGGGAGAAAAGGAAGAAGAACGAGACAGAUAAUAGAACAGGAGAGAAACGAUGAGAACUACGAAUCGGACGAGAUCGUAAUUGGUGAACCAUUUGUCUCCUUCCUUGCCAUUUUUCUGACUGAUAAUCACGCGCCGCCAAAGUAGUCGCUGUCUCGUUACAUUUAAAACAGUCAGAUAAAGCUGAAACCAGCGUGUAACUGGACAAAAGUGCAGUCUAAUCGUGAACAACCACGCGACAAAAUGCUCGUCGCUUGGAUCGUGAUCACAAUCCUUCUGGCGUUCCCCAGUCAGAUUCUUGGCAAUCCUGUGGAACCUGUGCCACAAAAAUCUGAAGGACUCACGCUUAGGAUCGUUCACACAAAUGAUAUGCACUCGAGAUUCAUACAAACAUCGAGAUUAUCAAGCGUUUGCUCAGAGAAAGAAGCAAAAGAGAAUAAAUGUUAUGGAGGAUUCGCUAGGAUUGCAACUUUGAUCCGACAAGCUAGGAAUUCAGCGACACCGUGUCUUUUCCUCAAUGCUGGUGAUACAUAUCAAGGAACUGUGUGGUUCAACGUGUAUAAAUGGGAAAUUGUGGCCAAAUUCUUGAACAUUUUAGCUCCGGACGCCGCGAGUUUAGGAAACCACGAGUUCGACGACGGUGUGGAAGGUUUAAUACCCUUCAUUCAAAACGCCUCGUUCCCCAUAGUGACCUCCAAUCUGGACUUAAGCAAACAACCAAAUCUGGCGGCCACGAAAUUACAAAACAGUACAAUUCUAAUAGUGAAUGGAACGAAAAUCGGUGUAAUCGGUUAUCUGACCCCAGACACCAAAAUAAUCUCCACAACAGAGGAAGUGAUCUUCCUAGAUGAAGUGGAGAGCAUUCGCAGAGAAGUGAAAGAAUUAAAAAGCCAAGGUGUGAACAUAUUAAUCGCUGUUGGACACUCCGGUUUCGAAGUAGACAAAAAGAUCGCCCGGGAAGUGGAGGAUAUCGACAUAGUGAUCGGUGGACAUACAAAUACUUUCCUUUAUAGUGGAAAACAACCGGAUAUAGAAGUGCCAGAAGGUUUAUAUCCAACAGAAGUAGUGCAGAAAAAUGGAAGAAAGGUUUAUGUGGUGCAAGCGUACGCUUAUACCAAAUAUCUUGGUAAUUUUACGGUGACUUUUGAUAGUAAGGGAGAAGUGACUGAUAUCGUUGGCAAUCCUAUUCUUGUGAACAGCAGUAUUGAACAGGCACAAGAUAUUUUAAACGAAUUGGAACAGAUGAGAGGAGCCAUCGAUAAUAUUAGCCUAACAGUAAUUGGAAAGACACGAGUGUUUCUCGAAGGAGAUAGUAAAAUUUGUAGACGAAGGGAGUGCAAUCUGGGCAAUUUAAUUACAGAUUCUAUGAUUGAUUACAAUGCUGCUGAAUAUGCAGAUCCAUAUAAAUGGACAGAUGCUGCGAUAGCUCUUCAUAAUGGUGGUAGUAUCAGAAGUUCCAUCACAAGAAACGACGACGAUAAAAUCACCAUGGGAGAUGUCCUCGGCGUGCUACCCUUUCAGAACGCUAUUGUAAAAGCUUCGAUGACUGGAGAACUGAUUUUGUCUGUAUUAGAAUGGAGCGUUUAUAAUCUAGAGCCAGACGAUACCGCUAAUCUCUAUGGAGCAUUUCUGCAAGUCUCAGGACUUCAAGUGGUCUACAACUUAACUCUACCAAGAAAAUCAAGAGUAGUUUCAGUAGAAGUAUUGUGUGCAUCUUGUAAUGUUCCAACAUAUAGCAAACUUGAAAAAAAUCAAACAUAUAAUGUUCUUCUGACUGACUUCAUGCAAAGUGGAGGUGAUGGAUAUUCCAUGUUAGAAGAUCUUCAAACUACAUCUCUUGGUGUCAGUACAACAGAUACUUUAAUUGUAUAUUUAAAGAAACAUAGUCCUAUACAUCCUGCUGUUGAAUGGAGAAUUACUUUUAAUCAAACUCAGUGCAGUGGUUCUGACAGUAUAUACCAGUCCAUAAGAUUAAUGAUUUUAUUACCAAUAUUCAGUUGGUUAUUAGCAAGAUAGAUUCUAAUGGUGUAUUUUAUGAAACUGACAUUCAGUAUUUUAAAAAUUUACAAUUUAUACUGAUUUUUUACGCACGUUUUCUAUUCCACUACCUCAAAUAUACUAUACUAUAAACUGUA